AAACAUUUGAUAGUUCAUACUGGUGAAAAGCCCCACUCGUGUGACUAUUGUUUAAAAACACUCACUCAAUCUUCAAGCUUAAAUAAACAUUUGAAGGUUCAUACUGGCGAAAAGCCCCACUCGUGUGAAUAUUGUUCAAAAACAUUCGCUCAAUCAUCAGGCUUAACGAAACAUUUGAGCGUUCAUACAGGUGAAAAGCCACACUCGUGUGAAUAUUGCUCCAAGACGUUUACUGACGCUUCAAGCUUAAAGAAACAUUUGAGAGUUCAUACUGGUCAAAAGCCCCACUCGUGUGACUAUUGUUCAAAAACAUUCGCUCAAUCUUCAAACUUGAAUAAACAUUUGAGGGUUCAUACUGGUGAAAAGCACCACUCGUGUGACUAUUGUUCAAAAACAUUCGCUCAAUCUUCAAACUUGAAUGAACAUUUGAAGGUUCAUACUGGCGAAAAGCCCCACUCGUGUUACUAUUGUUCAAAAACAUUAGCUCAAUCUUUAAACUUGAAUAAACAUUUGAGGGUUCAUACUGGUGAAAAGCCCCACUCGUGUGAUUAUUGUUCCAAGACGUUUGCAGACUCUUCAAACUUAAAGAAACAUUUGAUAGUUCAUACUGGUGAAAAGCCCCACUCGUGUAACUUUUGUUCAAAAACAUUCACUCAAUCUUCAAGCUUAAAUAAACAUUUGAGGGUUCACACUGGUGAAAAGCCCCACUCGUGUGAUUAUUGUUCCAAGACGUUUGCAGACUCUUCAAACUUAAAGAAACAUUUGAUAGUUCAUACUGGUGAAAAGCCCCACUCGUGUAACUUUUGUUCAAAAACAUUCACUCAAUCUUCAAGCUUAAAUAAACAUAUGAAGGUUCAUACUGGUGAAAAGCCUCACUUGUGUGAAUAUUGCUCCAAGACGUUUGCUGAUUCUUCAAGCUUAAAGAAACAUUUGAGAGUCCACACUCGGGAAAAGCCAUGUCCAUGUGAUUAAUGUUAUCUGACAAAUAAAGCAUGCUCAUG